AAACGACAGCGAUGGGUUCCUCGGCAUCCAAAGCGACACGUGCAGCUGGUUCUGCAGCUCGUCAAUACCCUACGAGAGCACCACCGACAUCACAAGCACCCCUUGCUUCCCAAGCACCCAAGUUCGAUGCGCCUCCGCAAGCAGCUCAACCUUCAUCCGCAGCACCUCCGCCUCCGCUGCAGACUCAGCCAGGACCAACAGUGAAGCCUAGUCCUCAUGCUAGUGGAACACGAGACGCGGCGAUCAACCUCGAUGCCUCCGAUCCAGACUUUGCACAAUCGCUACGAAAUCUUGGCCCAGUCCAACCAAAUCCGACCCUUUCGCCUUCGUCUGCCUUCCCGUCCCAGCAUAGCUCUGUGCAGGGACAGCGACCGACUGCACCAGAUCCACGAAAGAAUCCGGCUGUCAUGGUAUUGACUGCAAGAUCCAAGUUGCAGGAAGAAGCAGAGGCAGAGUUCAUGGAGAGCGGCACACGCGGACACGCCGGGAGGCAAUUUCUUGACGUCUACACGAUCAGGCAGAUCUUGACUAUGAGGGACGAAAAGAGGCAAUCAGCAGCGGCCAUUGAGAAGCGACUUGGUCUGAAGCCGGGCGUGGUAGAGCGACUUGGUGCUGCAGGUGUGGUAGCAUUGGCACAAGAUCAAGGACGAGCUCAGCGUGAGAUCAACAUGGUCUGAGAUAUG